AUGGGCGGUGCACACAUGAUGGGUUGGGAGGAGCAGCUGUGGAUACACACGCCCAUGGUCAUGGUGGGCACAUCCAACCACAGCGACGCAGCUAUGCGCAGCAGCUCCGCUGCCACCGUCAUCGCCAUCAUCGCCAUCACACUCCGGCCGACACCAGCCCCAAUCUCACUCCGGCUCACACCAGCCCCAAUCUGGCGUGAUGCAGACAUUGCACAUGUCACUCGCUCUGACGAAGAGCAACAGCUGAUGUCUGGCUGCAUUUUGGAUGAGCUGACCCUAUGGCUCUGGUCCAUCUCCACCUGCUCCUCGUCGUCAUUGGUCACCAACGGCAGCGGCUGUGGCCGUGGAUGUGGAGGGUGUAAUGUGCGUCGAUGUGCCGUUGCCUCACAUGACGAUGAUGAUGAUGAUGGUGGUGAGUGA